AUGACUCUGCCAUUUGAAACUGAAAUCUCGAUAUACAAAGUGUCUGUGGAAGGGGUUGCUGCUCGUCAGACAGAGUCCAAAUCUCAAUUUGUGCUGGUUGUUGAAAUGCUGGGGUGGCCGAAGAAUGCUCAUCAGAAGAAAGAAAGGCGGCAGAGCCAACGCCGCGGGGCUGCGUUCCAAAAGCGGCUACGAGCUUGUUCAAAACUCCUGAAAAAGAAACACCUGCACAUUCCUUCCAGCCCCAUACUUCAGCGAGAAGCCCACAAUUCCCACUUCAUCCUGGAAAUUUACACUGGACUUCUUCACCUGACCAAGAUCAAGGUUCAAUCCUCGUUCCACUAUUAUGUUCACAUAAGCUGUUUGAAACUAAAUGCAGGAGGAGGAAGAAGAUGGCAGCUUUCUCAACUGCCAGAGGUGUCCAGUCAUCCAUCAGCUGAGUGCACAUCACUGCCAACCAGAAACAAGAUCACAGGGAGACAUAACGGCAAACACCAGCCAACCUCACAUAAUGAGUUUCAAGACUUCAAGGCUGCUGUCCAGAAGUGGUGGCGGGGCCUGAGUAAUUGGUUUGGAAGACUGAAGAAAUUGGAACAAGAGGAAGGAGCAAACAUGGUCUCAUUUUUAUUCUCCAGCAAUCAGUGUAGUAUUUAUUCACUCCUCGUGGAAUUCUUCAAGUCAAACCACUGUUCUUCAUGCUGCAAAAAUGUAAGGGUAUUGUAGUCUUGUAAAACGUAUGCUCAACCUCAUGACCUUUAGUGAUGAGGGAGCAUGCAGAGAUGGCUUAACAAAUGAACCUUGCUCCCCAUCCUUUGAAUGUGUGAUCUAAUUUCUCACUUUCUCAUAACAUGACAUUGUAAUUUUUGGCAUUAUCUUCAUUUAAAGCUAUCACAUAUUCAUA